GGCAGCAUGGGCUCUCCAUCCCUGUCCUAGUAGCUAUGCAGCCACAGACUAUUCCUGGCAGAGCCCCUGUUGUAAUUGUAAUUCCCCAAUUCAUACCACUGUAACCUUACCCACUGCCUGCUUUAUUGCAAAUUCCCUAACUGCCAUUUCUACUUUAUUCCCCAUGCUGCCGGCGGGGCUCUUUCUCCGAAUUUUGAGACCCCCCCCCCCCCCACCCACCCAUCAUCUGAGCCGCAUUAUGAACACUAAACAUUGACUGACUGACCAUGUUGGUCACCAAUCAACAUCCUGAGCCGACCAGAAGAGGAUGAGUUUGCCCCUUGAGCCUGGUUCCUUCUGAGGUUUCUUCCCAUCUGCCACAGGGAGUUUAUCCUGGCCACUGUUGCUCCUGUGGGGGUUUAGGCCAGGGUUGUCUGUGAAGCAUAUUGUGACAAAUGCUGUGAAAUGCGCUAUAAAAUGUAUUUUGUCAUUUUCCAUAAACACAUUUAUUGAUCAUAUAAUUCUUAAAACACAAUUCAUUCAUUUCACCGCAGCUGUAUUAUAAACAUGAUUUCCCAUCCAUCAGUACAAAAAAAGGCAUUUUUGAAUAGGUGCCACUUUUGACCCAUUUUGGACAUAAGACUAUAUAGCCUUGUAUUGUAUGUAUUUUCCAUAAAAACACAUUAUUAAUCACAAAAUUCCUAAAACUCAGUACUGUUUACUUUUCUUGUUGUUGGUUAUGGUUGAGCAUGACCUAGGGUUUCUUUUUAAUUUAAUUUUUAAAAUUAGGAUUCAUGCUUAACCUCAUUGAAGAAGACAUCAUUAAAAUGAAUGUUUAAACAGUUUAUGCACACUCUAGAAUGAAUAUGUUCAUACAUGCUUCUCAAGCUAAUUUUACGAAAUGCACAAGCUCUUGUACAUUUGCAAUUGUAAAAUUUGGAUGGCAGGUAUGCCACCCUGCCAAGUUACACCUUGGCAGGGCGGCAUGCCCCAUACCUACACAACACCAAGAAUUUGGUACUUUGCAGGGUUCUCCACAGAAAUCACCACAAUGACCACACUCUCAACCUAUAAAACAUUCAUUUCUAUACCCUUUGACCCCAUUUUAGCAGACAGAAUUCACAAAAUACUUCACACGUCCUCACAAUAAAGCCCCAAACUUGGAGGAUUUUUCAUUUUUUCCUUCCUUUUUCCUGCCUGAUUAUGUCAUCAUGAAUCCUCCAUUGGACAUUUAGGUACAUCCGCUAAUAAAAACAUCAGAAAAAAGAAAACGGUGGACAUACCUGUAUAUACAAGUGCACAUGUUUAAAACAACUAAAACUUACAAGCAUACAGUACAUUGAUGGGUACAACAAUUGUGGAUAGGUUUGUAAGAUUCAAUAUGUAUUUAAUAGGCCUCAAUAUGUCUAAUUUGAUCUGUAUUUUUCUGCCUGGCUUUUCUGUAGUAUUAAUGAUUGUAUGUUACUUGGUAUAAAUGUUUGUAAAUAUGAAUGUUACAGGCUGCUAGGGAAAUGUCCCUAUGGGGAUGAUUAAAUAUUCUACAUGUGUGUAUGUAUGUACAGUAUUUAUUUUACAAUCAGAAUUUAUUUUAAAUUUCAGAUAUACAAGUACUUGGAUGUGUUGUAAAAUGAACUUGACAACCAAGUAUAAACAUCCCUUCUGGAGGAAUAUGCUUUCUGUAUGUAUUCACCAGCAGUUUCAUAUUCAUUUAAAUGUCUUGCAUAAGGCACUUUUUGUAAUUUGGCACUUUGUCAUCAUUCAAACUUUGUUCAAAUCAUUGUCUUCAAAUGGUAAGAUUAACAAGCACGGAACCGCCCAGACCCACGGCGCAACUCGCUUUCGCAGACACGUUUUAGCUGGCACCACCUGCGAAUGCGUCCGACUGAACGUCCGUGAGUGACCACAAUUUGCCAUGCAUAGCCCACGGUGGCAGUCCUGCCUGUGCGCCGUGGGGAAAAGAGGGGGCGCUCGAAGCACAAACCAACAGGGGAAGGUGAUCUGGAGUUCCCUGCUGCUACAUUGAUCAUGGAGAUUAUAGAGGCAGAGGACAGUGUGCGCAGGCAGGAACACUGGAAGCUGCUGUCCAGCCUCAAGACAACGGUGGAGGGGCUGCUGUCCACAAACAACCCCAACGUGUGGUCCCACUAUGGCGGACUGCAGCAGCUGCACAAGGACAUGAACAACAUCCUGAGCCACGGCCUGAAGCAGGAGCAGGUGUGCUGCAAACAGAAAGAUUACUGGCGCUUCGUUUGGUGUGUGCGCUACAUCAGUCCCCACCUGGCCUUUCAUGUUGAGCAGUUCAGCCAGUUGGAGCCAGUGCUGGCCUCUGGGGUCCAGAGCUCUGGGGAGGCAUACAAGGCUCAGCGUUGGCUUCUGCACAGCCUGCAGGAGCACUGUCUGUCUGCGCAGCUACGACCUCUGCUGUGCCAUCAGUCCCACACACGCAAGUACUACAGCGACGAGGCCUUUGUGCUCAGUGAACUGCAUGUCUCUCUCAUGCUGCAGUGCCUGGAGGCCGUGGAACAGAAGGAUCCUGGGCUGCUGGCCCUCGUGGACACGCUUAGGCUGUCUCACCUGAGGGGGGCAGCGUUGGGCCUGUUGAAGAGCCUGUGUCUGUUUCCCGGGGCCCCCCAGCUAUCUUCUGCCUCAUCUCUGUGUGUGUCAGACAGCUCUCUCUCAGGUGGGACAAAUGGGGCUCCCUGGGAGUUUGGGGGUGGGGAGCAGGAGACCCCUGGAAAAUCAGCCGUACCCCAGAUCUGGCUGACUGAGCCCAUAUCCCCUGUGGAGGACACCGGGGACCCAGGGGACCCUGCUGACCGUGAUCUGAAUGACGGGCUCAAGUACCUGUCCAUCAGCAACCUGGGCCACCGGGGGCAGAAGUCCCCUCGCAACACGGCCCGCAGACAGCACAAAGCCCCGCCCCCACAGAGCCUCACAGCCCCGCCCCGCCCACGUAGCGCCUCCUACUCUGAAGGCCAAAGCGGGUCUGGACAGAGCCACAGGGGUCACACCCGCUCUGUGUCUGACACAGGCACACAGAAGCACAGCAACGAAGCAGCUGCAGAGGUGUGUAGUGUGAAACAACACUAUGGACCCUUUUCCCAGAACAGCGAUAUCAGUACCAGCUUGCUGUCCAUGACCUCAGAAGGCUCGCUGAGCAGCAGCAUGUCGGAUGCCAUGUUCUGUAGGCCGCUGGAAGGACAGAGCCUCCUCAGCUACCUGUCAGAGCUGGACUUUGGCAGCUGUGCAGACCUAGAGAAGGAGAAUGCCCACUUCAGCAUCUCUGAAUCGCUGAUCGCCGCCAUUGAGCUGCUGAAAUGCAGCCUGGAUGAAGGUGAGGAAGAUGAGAGAGAUGAGGAAGAUGCAGAAGAUGAGGACAGUGACUGCGGGAUCCAGCAGCUGCAGCCCCACACACAGAUGCACCACGCUUCCCUUCUUGCAGCCUUCCCUUCCACAGACAGUGGGGGUUCUAGGCCGAGCUCCCAGGAGUCCUUGCACCUGUUGCACCUGGGUUCAGCUGAGGAGGCGGAGCAGUGUGAGCUGCCAGGUGCAGACAUCAAACACCACGUGACGUGCUUGAGCAGCAGGUCCUCCCUGAGCUCUGAGUCCAUCUCUUCCUCCCUGCAGUCCAACUCUGCCCAGUUUGUGGCCAUGGGGCUCCUGCGCCAGUUUGAGGGGGUGCAGCUGCCUGCUGCUCCUGAUCUGGACUGGCUGGUUCCAGAGCAUGAUGCUCCCCAGAAGCUCCUGCCCAUCUCAGACUCCAUGCCUGUUACCCCUGACGAUGGCGAGCGUGCUGAUGUGUGCACACUACAUAUUCGCAUGAGAGGGAAUCAGGAGUGGGCCCCGCCCCGACCUGAGGUCAUCUUAAACAUCCACCCCGCCCCCAAGCGGAAGGUGAUUGUGGCCAGGCAGAAGUACUUGUGUGCUGGCUGUGGGACCCCUACUGACCCAGGUUACAUAAAGAGACUGCGCUAUUGUGAGUACCUGGGCAGGUAUUUCUGUCAGUGCUGCCAUGAGAAUGCCCAGGUGGUGGUACCUGGACGGGUCCUCAGGAAGUGGGAUUUCACCAGGUAUCCUGUCAGUAACUUUGCCCGGGACCUGCUGAGUAAGAUCGCAGCAGACCCCCUCUUCAACCUCGCUGACAUCAACAGCAGCCUGUACAAGAGAGUCAAACGGCUGGAGGUGGUGCGGCUUGUGAGGGUACAGCUUUUCCACAUGAAGAACAUGUUGAAGACAUGCCGACUGGCGAAAGAGGUGUUAGAUGAGUUUGACUCUCUUCCGGAUCACCUGACAGAGGACCUACACCUCUUUUCCCUCAAUGAUCUUGGAGCUGUGCGCCAUGGAGAACUGGUCCCCCAGCUACGAGAUUUGUUGCGCUUGGGUUCCAUGCAUGUGGCUGCCUGUGAGUUGUGCCAGGCAAAAGGAUUUGUAUGUGAGUUCUGUGGCAAUGACAAAGACAUCAUAUUCCCCUUUGAACUGAAAAAGUGCCCGUGCUGUGAAGGUGAGCCCCCCCUGCUGGCUGGAGGACUAGGUGGCAUGGGGACAUGCUCAGCGCACUCCUGGAGAGACUGGAAGUUCCCACUGCCAGGAAGAUCAGCCAGGGCUGUGUCCCAGGAAGGAAAGGGGGGGCAGGAAGAGGAGGAUAGAAAAGAAGAGAAGGAAGAAAAAGGAAUUUACCAAAUUACCAAAUCCUUUUCUGUGGGUAAAGAAAAGGCAGAGGGGGGUAGCACUGCAGAGGAGGGACACAGUCAAACGGAACAAAGGAAAUCAUUUUUUGGUGGACUGGCUAAGGUGUUUUCCUGGGAUAGAAGAGGUGUUGGAGAGGAGGAAUUGGGGUUAGCCUUAGCAGAGGCAGGAGGUGUGAACCAGGCAGAAAUGAGAGAUGAGAGACAGGCGAAGUCACAGACUGAGAGAUGGAAUCACAGACUGGGAGGCGGAGUCGCAGGCAGAGAGGCGGAGUCACAGACAGAGAGAGCUGGCAGGACGACUGAUACAGAACAACAUCACAGAAUAGACAAACAAAAAUUAUUCAAAGUUCUGAAAGUGGGUGAACUGUCUAAAGUCUUUUCCAGGGAAAAAAAAAAGAACAAGCAAGAAAAAGAGGCUGAUAUCAGAGGACAUGAUGAGGUAGAAAUUGAAAGUGUGGAAGGGCCAGCCGAGGAAGGAGGAGGAGAGCUGGUGGAUGUUAGCAGGCUGGAUAAAGCUUUAUUUCUGGGUAAAAAUGUGGAAGUGGAGAAGGAGGAUUGCCAGUUAAUGACUGGAGCAGAGGAGGAAGGGGUCACUAGUAAAAGUGUGGUCAGUAGAGAAUCAAGCUAUGGGAAGAUCUGGAAAGGCCCAAAACCAAUCAAACUCCAAAAGAUUUUUCUCAAAGAGAGGAGUGAGAGAGAAGGGGUGGGAUCUGUUGUUCAGAUGACAGCGGAAGAGGGACAGUAUGGAGAGGAGGAGGGGAGUGGGAAUGUGGAGCUAAUCAGGGGGGCGUCCAACUGGAGAUCUCAGAGAACUCGGAAAGCCAGAAGAAUGAAGAGUAGCAGAGCGAGGGACGUUUCUGAGGGUAAACCUGGAUCGAGGGAAGAAGAGGAUGGGGGGGUUGAAGAGGCAGGGAGAGAGGGGAGUUGAGAGGAUUUUGGAAUCCCUGAGGAGGAGGGUCAGACAUCAGACACCAGGCAGAAGACAGGAAGUGAAGGAUUAGGGAGGAAGUGAGAAAAGCUCAGUGCAGCUGAGGCUCAGCCUCUGAGCUCAGCCAAACUGGCAAGUGCAGAGAGAGAGAGACGUGAAAAGUGUUUUCACCAACCGAAAUCCAGUCUGAGAUUCCACCAACCAGAAACUGCACUCUAUGAUUCCACCAACCAGAAUCCACAGUCUGAGAUUCCACCAACCAGAAACUGCACUCUGUGAUUCCACCAACCAGAAUCCACAGUCUGAGAUUCCACCAACCAGAAACUGCACUCUGUGAUUCCACCAACCAGAAUCCACAGUCUGAGAUUCCACCAACCAGAAACUGCACUCUGUGAUUCCACCAACCAGAAUCCACAGUCUGAGAUUCCACCAACCAGAAACCACACACUGUGAUUCCACCAACCAGAAACCACACACUGUGAUUCUACCAACCAGAAACCACACAUUGUGAUUCCACCAACCAGGAUCCACAGUCUGAGAUUCAUAAAAAUUUCUACCCCCCUGAAAGAGGGGGAAAGAGGUGGAGAAAAAAGGAGAGGGCAUAGGAUGGGUUAGAGGGUAGGGUUAAUGGUGGAUAGGGCGUAGGGUUAAUGUUAGGUGUGGGCAGGGUCUGAUUCAAGGGCAUAAAGUGUUGGAAAUUUUGACCCCUCAGUCCCCAAAGUGUUUGGGUCUCUGUUGGAGUUGGAAUCUGCGUAGUGUUGGGGCUCUCUGUUGGAGUUGGAAUCUGCUUAGUGUUGGGGAUCUCUGGAGUUGGAGUGGUGGGUAAUCUCAUGGUGCUGGACUUUGCUUCCUGGCUGGUUGGUUGGUUGGCUUUGUGGCUGAAGGAUUUUGCCUUGCUGUUGAAGACGGUGGGAGGUUUGUUCUGUUCUUUCUCUCUGUCUCUGACUGCAGUGUUCUGAUUCUGUGCUCAUCUGAAGCACAUCUGUAACACCUGUCCAAUUCCUGAACAUUACUGGCACUUUUAAAAGAAACAUCUAUUUUGACUAAUUUGAAUAAAACUCUUCAUUGCAUUGAUUGCACAUUUUAUUUUGUAAUAUUUUGUUGAAGAUUUUCAGGGAUUUACAGAAGUAAAUUCUGAGUUUCAAAACAUUUGAAAUACACAUUUUACCCAUGCCUGGUUAACUGUUGGUGCUUGAAUUACAAAUGGAAAGACAAUGGGAUGCUAAUGUAAAAACUGCCUGUCAGUCCAUUUAUUUGAAACAUGCUUGAGUACCAAAGGUAAUUAAUUGAUACAUAUCUCUUGUCUAAGUGUCUAAGAGUCUUGUUUCAUUGUACAAUGGUUUAAUGACUUCAGACUGACACCAUGGUUUUAACCAUUAAGAACCAGGAGACAGCUGUAUUUUGGUGGAGAUACCACAGCAUGGCUUUAUUAUUCUUGUGUGGAAAAAGUCAGUCUUUGUGCAAUUUAUGAAAUAAACCCAUCUGUGAUCUGCAA